UCCAGUCUUGUCGGAGGCGGGGGCGAGAAUACGGUUGUUAGAUGGGAUGGAGUGAAGUGACGCGGGAUGUUGUUCCCGCCUCCCCGGCCCGGCCCUCUCCUCCCCCGCCUGCCUCCUGUGUCAGCGCCCACUCAAAUCAGUGCCUCUGCUUUUGCUCCACGGUGCGGAUUUUCCCAGCCUCGGCUCUCUCUUCCGCAGCUCCACAUUACUGGCUUCUGUCUGGGUAAAGAACUUUUUGUGAAAGGCAGCUCAUGACGAGGAGCAGCUAAGAAGGAAGGAUGACAGCAAUAGCAACAGACUACGACAACAUUGAUAUUCAGCAGCAGUAUAGUGAUGUCAACAAUCGUUGGGAUGUGGAAGAAUGGGAUAAUGAAAACAGCUCUGCCAGGCUGUUUGAAAGGUCCCGUAUUAAAGCCUUGGCAGAUGAGCGUGAAGCUGUUCAAAAGAAGACUUUCACAAAAUGGGUAAACUCACACUUGGCACGAGUGUCUUGCAGAAUCACAGAUCUGUAUACAGACUUACGCGAUGGCCGGAUGCUGAUCAAACUACUCGAGGUGUUGUCUGGAGAAAGACUUCCAAAACCAACAAAAGGACGAAUGCGAAUCCAUUGUCUUGAAAAUGUUGACAAAGCCCUUCAGUUCCUUAAAGAGCAAAGAGUACAUUUAGAAAAUAUGGGAUCCCAUGAUAUUGUGGAUGGAAACCAUCGACUGACUCUCGGUUUAAUUUGGACCAUCAUUCUCCGAUUCCAGAUCCAGGAUAUCAGCGUUGAAUCAGAAGACAACAAGGAAAAGAAAUCUGCAAAAGAUGCCUUGCUGUUGUGGUGCCAAAUGAAAACAGCAGGCUAUCCCAAUGUCAACAUUCACAACUUUACCACCAGCUGGAGAGAUGGCAUGGCAUUCAAUGCUGUUAUCCACAAGCAUAGGCCGGACCUGAUUGACUUUGACAAACUUAAGAAGUCUAAUGCCCACUACAAUCUCCAGAAUGCUUUCAACCUUGCAGAGCAACACCUUGGGCUUACCAAGCUGCUGGAUCCAGAAGAUGUCAGUGUUGAUCACCCUGAUGAGAAAUCAAUUAUUACUUAUGUGGUGACAUACUACCAUUACUUCUCCAAAAUGAAGGCCCUGGCUGUGGAAGGAAAACGUAUUGGAAAGGUACUUGACUAUGCAAUUGAGACCGAGAAAAUGAUAGAAAAAUACGAGUCCCUGGCAUCUGACCUGCUGGAGUGGAUUGAGCAGACUAUCAUCAUCCUGAACAAUCGUAAAUUUGCCAACUCACUGGUUGGUGUUCAGCAGCAGCUACAAGCAUUUAACACAUAUCGCACAGUAGAAAAACCAUCAAAGUUUACAGAAAAAGGAAAUCUUGAAGUAUUGCUUUUCACCAUUCAAAGCAAAAUGAGAGCUAACAAUCAGAAAGUAUACAUGCCAAGAGAAGGCAAACUCAUCUCAGAUAUCAACAAGGCCUGGGAAAGACUGGAAAAAGCUGAACAUGAGCGAGAAUUGGCAUUAAGAACUGAGCUGAUCAGGCAAGAAAAGCUGGAACAACUUGCACGUCGAUUUGAUCGUAAAGCUGCUAUGAGAGAAACCUGGCUAAGUGAAAACCAGCGCCUUGUUUCCCAGGAUAAUUUUGGUUUUGAUCUCCCGGCUGUCGAAGCUGCUACUAAGAAACAUGAAGCUAUUGAAACAGACAUUGCUGCGUAUGAAGAGCGAGUACAAGCAGUUGUGGCUGUGGCUAAGGAACUUGAAGCAGAGAAUUACCAUGACAUCAAACGCAUCACAGCAAGGAAAGAGAAUGUCUAUAGGCUGUGGGAAUACUUACUGGAAUUAUUGCGAGCUCGUCGUCAUCGUUUAGAAAUGAAUCUUAACUUGCAAAAGAUUUUUCAGGAAAUGCUAUAUAUUAUGGACUGGAUGGAUGAAAUGAAGGUUCUACUGUUGUCACAAGACUAUGGGAAGCAUUUACUUGGUGUUGAAGAUCUCCUACAGAAACAUGCACUAGUUGAAGCUGACAUUGCUAUUCAGGCUGACAGAGUGAAAGUUGUCAAUGCUUCUGCUCAAAAAUUUGCUUCUGAAGGAGAAGGUUAUAAACCAUGUGACCCACAGGUUAUUCGUGAUCGUGUGACUCACCUGGAAUUCUGUUACCAAGAGCUUUGUCAGCUGGCAGCUGAAAGAAGGGCUCGUUUGGAAGAGUCCCGACGCCUCUGGAAGUUCUUUUGGGAAAUGGCAGAAGAAGAAGGCUGGAUCCGGGAGAAAGAACAGAUACUUUCAUCAGCUGACUAUGGCAAGGAUCUGACUAGCGUGAUUCGUCUUCUCAGUAAACACAAGGCAUUUGAGGAUGAAAUGAGUGGACGGAGAGGACCUCUUCAACAAACCAUAAAAGAAGGUGAAGCAAUGGUAGCUGAGGAGCACUUUGGAUCAGAGAAGAUUAAGGAGAGAAUUAAAGACAUUCAGGAGCAAUGGGGCCACCUUGAGCAGCUGUCUGCAGUUCAGAAAAAGCGAUUAGAGGAAGCUGCUAAUGUUCACCAGUUUAAAGCUGAUGGUGAUGAUAUUGAUGUUUGGAUGUUAGAUAUUCUGAGGAUUGUCUCCAGUAAUGAUGUUGGUCAUGAUGAAUACUCCACUCAAGCCUUAGUGAAGAAACACAAAGAUGUUGGUGAGGAGGUUGCUAGCUAUAGACAAAUCAUUGAUGCACUACAUGAACAGGGACAAAGUUUGCCUGAUGAGUAUUAUAAGUCACCCGAAAUAGAAGGGAGAUUAACUGACAUUGAGGAACGUUACAAGGAGUUAGCAGAACUGGCACGGCUUCGUAAGCAAGCCCUCCAGGAUGCACUGUCACAGUACAAGAUGUUCAGUGAAGCAGAUGCUUGUGAAUUAUGGAUUGAUGAAAAGGAGCAGUGGCUGAACAGCAUGGAGAUCCCAGAAAAACUUGAAGAUCUAGAGGUUAUCCAGCAUAGGUUUGAAAGUUUGGAGCCAGAAAUGAACAACCAGGCUUCUCGUAUCGCAGUGGUGAACCAGAUAGCUCGUCAGUUGAUCCACAGCGGGCAUCCUAGUGAAAAGGAGAUCAAAGCACAGCAAGAUAAGCUAAAUACAAGGUGGAGUCAAUUCCGUCAACUAGUGGACCAAAAGAAAGAUGCACUCAAUUCUGCACUCAGCAUUCAGAACUACCACCUUGAAUGCAAUGAAACAAAGUCUUGGAUUAGGGAAAAGACCAAAGUCAUUGAAUCCACACAAGAUCUGGGCAACGAUCUUGCUGGUGUCAUGGCCCUCCAAAGGAAAUUAACUGGAAUGGAACGUGAUUUGACAGCUAUUGAAGCUAAACUAGAUGACCUGCAGAAAGAAGCUGAAAGACUUGCUGCUGAACAUCCUGACCAGGAACAUGCUAUAAUGAGCCGUCUUGCAGAAAUCAAUGAUGUCUGGGAAGAAAUGAAAUAUACUUUGAAGAACCGAGAAGAAUCCCUUGGUGAAGCAAACAAGCUUCAGCAAUUCCUGCGUGAUUUGGAUGACUUCCAAUCCUGGCUAUCAAGAACCCAAACUGCAAUUGCCUCUGAAGAUAUGCCCAACACCCUGGCAGAAGGGGAGAAGCUGCUUACCCAGCAUGAAAACAUCAAAAAUGAAAUUAAUAACUAUGAAGAAGACUACCAGAAAAUGCGUGACAUGGGUGAAAUGGUAACGCAGGGGCAAACAGAUGCACAAUAUAUGUUCCUACGCCAGCGUCUGCAGGCUUUGGAUACUGGAUGGAAUGAGCUGCACAAGAUGUGGGAGAACAGACAGAAUCACCUGUCCCAAUCUCAUUCAUACCAACUUUUCUUAAGAGACACAAAGCAAGCAGAAGGGUUCCUUAACAACCAGGAGUAUGUGUUGGCACACACUGAAAUGCCCACCACACUAGAGGCUGCUGAAGCUGCCAUUAAGAAGCAGGAAGACUUCAUGACUACCAUGGAUGCUAAUGAAGAUAAGAUCAAUGGAGUGGUAGAGACAGGCAGGAGACUAGUCAGCGAUGGCAAUAUUUAUUCUGACAAAAUCCAGGAGAAAGUUGACUCAAUUGAUGAAAGGCAUAAGAAGAACCGUGAGGCUGCCAGCGAACUACUUAUGCGCCUUAAGGAUAAUAGAGACCUACAGAAAUUUCUCCAAGACUGCCAGGAAUUGUCCCUUUGGAUCAGUGAGAAGAUGCUCACUGCUCAGGACAUGUCCUAUGAUGAAGCCAGAAAUUUGCACAGCAAAUGGCAGAAGCAUCAGGCUUUUAUGGCAGAGCUUGCAUCAAAUAAAGAAUGGCUGGAUAAAAUUGAUAAGGAGGGAAUGCAGCUAACUGCAGAGAAACCAGAGACGGAGGUGGUCGUGAAGGAAAAGCUUACAGCCCUACACCAUUUGUGGGAAGAACUAGAAUCUACUACACAGGCCAAAGCUCAGCGUCUGUUCGAUGCCAACAAAGCAGAGCUUUUCACCCAGAGCUGUGCCGAUUUAGACAAAUGGCUGCAUAACCUGGAAGGUCAGCUCCAAUCUGAUGAUUAUGGCAAGGACCUUACCAGUGUCUCUAUUCUACUCAAGAAACAACAGAUGUUAGAAAAUCAGAUCGAAGUGCGAAAGAAGGAAGUGGAGGAACUGAAAGGUCAGGCCAAGAUUUUAAGCCAAGAAGGCAAAGAUAUUGAUGAGGUGGAUAGCAAGCGCACCAUAGUUGAAAAAAGAUUUUUGCAGCUACUGGAACCACUACAUGAAAGGAAAAACUACUUGUUGGCAUCUAAAGAAAUACAUCAAUUCAACAGAGAUCUGGAGGAUGAGAUUUUGUGGGCUGAAGAACGCAUGCCUCUUGCAACAUCCACUGACCAUGGUCACAACCUCCAGACUGUACAGAUGCUAAUCAAGAAAAACCAGACUCUUCAAAAGGAAAUUCAAGGCCAUAAACCACGUAUUGAUGAUAUAUUUGAGAGAAGCCAAAGUAUGGUAACUGCUGAUUCCCCAAGUGCUAAGGCUAUUCAGCAGAGAUUAUCAGAUCUACGAGAACUUUGGAAAUUAUUGUCUGAAGAAACGGAGAAGCGGCACAAUCGCUUGGUGGAGUCUCACAAAGCCCAACAGUAUUAUUUCGAUGCUGCAGAGGCUGAAGCUUGGAUGAGUGAACAAGAAUUGUACAUGAUGUCAGAAGAGAAAGCGAAGGAUGAGCAGAGUGCAGUAAUGAUGUUGAAAAAACAUCAGAUUUUGGAGUUGGCAGUGGAAGAUUAUGCUGAGACUGUGCAUCAACUCUCAAAGACGAGCCGAGCUCUGGUGGCAGAUGGGCACCCAGAGAGUGAACGUAUCAGCAUGCGCCAGUCCCAGGUGGACAAACUUUAUGCUGGCCUGAAAGACUUGGCUGAGGAGAGAAGAGGGAAACUGGAUGAAAGGUACCGCCUUUUCCAACUAAACAGGGAGGUGGAUGAUUUGGAGCAAUGGAUAGCCGAACGUGAGGUGGUUGCUGGAUCACAUGAACUUGGACAGGACUAUGAGCAUGUUACGAUGCUGCAAGAGAGGUUCCGUGAAUUUGCCCGUGAUACUGGUAAUAUUGGUCAGGAGCGAGUUGACAGUGUGAACCGUAUGGCUGAUGAGCUGAUCAAUUCGGGACAUUCUGAUGCUGCCACAAUUGCUGAAUGGAAAGAUGGACUCAAUGAAGCUUGGGCAGAUCUUCUUGAGCUUAUUGACACCAGAACACAGAUUCUGGCAGCUUCUUACGAAUUGCACAAAUUUUACCACGAUGCUAAGGAGAUCCUUGGACGAAUUCAAGACAAGCACAAGAAGCUUCCAGAGGAACUAGGACGAGAUCAGAAUACUGUGGAAGCAUUGCAGAGAAUGCAUACAACAUUUGAACAUGACAUUCAAGCUCUUGGUACUCAGGUAAGGCAGCUGCAGGAGGACGCUGCUCGUCUCCAGGCUGCUUAUGCUGGUGACAAGGCUGAUGACAUUCAGAAACGCGAAGCAGAAGUAUUGGAGGCAUGGAAGACACUUCUUGAUGCAUGUGAGGCUCGGAGGGCAAAGCUUUUUGAUACUGGUGACAAAUUCCGCUUCUUUAGCAUGGUGCGUGAUCUGAUGCUUUGGAUGGAAGAUGUUAUUCGGCAAAUUGAGACCCAAGAGAAACCAAGAGAUGUUUCGUCAGUGGAAUUGCUAAUGAACAAUCAUCAAGGCAUCAAGGCUGAAAUUGAUGCCCGGAAUGACAGUUUCACAACGUGCAUUGAACUUGGGAAAUCUCUCCUGGCAAGAAAGCACUAUGCAUCUGAAGAGAUUAAGGAGAAGUUGUUGCAACUAACAGAUAAGAGGAAAGAAAUGAUUGACAAGUGGGAGGACAGAUGGGAGUGGCUCAGACUAGUAUUGGAAGUACACCAGUUUGCUAGAGAUGCAGGUGUGGCAGAAGCCUGGCUUUUAGGCCAAGAGCCAUACCUGUCCAGUCGAGAAUUGGGUCAGAGUGUGGAUGAGGUGGAGAAACUGAUUAAGAGACAUGAGGCAUUUGAAAAAUCGGCAGCUACAUGGGAUGAAAGGUUUUCAGCAUUGGAGAGACUGACGACACUGGAGUUGCUUGAAGUACGUAGGAGGCAGGAAGAGGAGGAGAGGAAGAGACAACCAUCACCACAGCCAACCCCGCAGCCUUCUGAUGAGUCUGAAUCACCACAACAGGAAGGCACUAGAGAAGAACACAUUUCUCAGAAUGGAUUACCAUCAGACCAGGAGUCCCCACGGGUUUCUGAGACAAUUGAACCAAGUGAGAUGGUGAAUGGUGCUACUGAACAGAGAACCAGUUCCAAAGAGCCCAGUCCUGCAGCUUCACCAACUUCAGAUCGUAAAACCAAGACCUCACCUUUGCAGUCCCAAUCUGCUACUUUACCUGUCAAGUCACAAGAAACUCCAUCAGCACAGAUGGAGGGCUUCCUGCAUCGCAAGCACGAAUGGGAAGCACACAAUAAGAAAGCAUCAAGCAGAUCAUGGCACAAUGUGUAUUGUGUGAUAAACAACCAGGAGAUGGGCUUCUAUAAAGAUGCAAAGAAUGCUAGUUCAGGUAUCACAUAUCAUGGGGAAGUCCCAAUUAGCCUGAAGGAGGCACUGUGUGAAGUAGCUGUUGACUAUAAGAAGAAGAAGCAUGUCUUUAAACUAAAGCUGAUCGACGGCAAUGAAUAUCUCUUCCAAGCCAAAGAUGAUGAGGAAAUGAACAGCUGGAUUCAAGCUAUCACUUCAGCUGUGUCUACAGAUAAGAGCGAGCCAAUUCCAAGCAGCCAGAGCACCCCAGCAGCUAGCCGUGCACAGACCCUGCCAGCCAGUGUCGUGUUAGCUGGUGAAUCUAGCCCUGGCAGACGAGAGAAAGAUAAAGAGAAAGACAAAGAGAAGAGAUUCAGCCUGUUUGGCAAGAAGAAGUAGAGCAACUCAGCAGCCUGCACUUUUUACAUUACCAUAAAACUCUAGCAUGAGCGUUUAGAACCAAUACAUUACACUCUGUGCCUAAUGCCCCUCAAGCCAGUUAGUUUAAUAUACAGAAAGCAUCAGUGUGUUGCUAAUCUGUAGAAUGUGAGGUGCAUUGGGCAGUUUUCAUUUAAAAAUGAAAGGACCAGUUGUUGAUGAUUUGUAUGUAGAUUAGGGUCCAAAUAUCUAAAUUUCUCCUCAAUUUUGUGAGGCUGUCUUGGAAAUAAAACAACCUACAUCCAUGUGCUACUGGAAUGCAAGGCAGCAGUGCUUUUGAAAACUCUUAUUGUGCACAUGGAAUGUGAAUUAAAAAGAUCCAAAAUACUUGUCCAAUUCCAUUUAUUAAAGUUGCUAUCCUGAGUCUUGGCUAGUAGAAACUUCCAUUUAUUUAAAACGUAUAUUGUAUCAUCUUUGCUAUAACAAAAGGCAAAUGUGCAUUAAUUUGCAUUUUAAUUAAAGAAAAAUCAUGUUAGCCUGGCAACAGAUAUUAACAAAAACUGCUGGGUCUUUGUGCAGCAAGCGUGAAUAAAGAAUGUUGGUAUAUAAGAAUGAAUUAGGAUACUGAUUCACUUUUAAAUAAUAUGUAAUUUUAACUUUCUUUUUUGUUGCUCAGUUGCAUUAUACUGUAUGUUUCAAAUAAUUCAAGUACAAAGUAUAAAACUUUAGAUGUAUAUUAAAACCUUUCAAGGCAUUGAUGUUAAGUGUUGAAGUGGGGAUUCAUUAUCUGGAAAAGAAAUGUUACUCAAAUGGUUAUUUGCUCGUUGGCUAAAGCACUGCGUGUCAUAAUUUUGCUACAUUACCUUAUUAUUUGAUACAUAGUGUGUAUUUUUGUCAUUGUAACUAUUGUAAUGAAAUCCAUCUUACUGCACAAUCAGGAUACAUAAUAGGAAUGAAUCCUUGCAAAGACUGGGCUGGUAGUCAUGUAGUACAACAGGCUUUCAGUUGUAUGGGACUGCACCUGUAGACUUUACCCUAUCUGUUAAAAUGUGCGAUGUCAUUAAAUGCUUUUAAAACUUA